GUGGGUUCAGCUGCAAUGCAGAGGGCUUUACAGCCAGUCGCCCGCUUUAUUUCAGUAAGUGUGGAAGUUUCUCUCGUGGACUCGAGUAUGUCUCACACAGUGACUCUCAGCGGUUCUUCUCCGUGGGGUUUUCGUCUGGUGGGUGGACGGGACUUCAGCACACCGCUCAUCAUUUCUCGGAUAACGCCUGGCAGUAAAGCGGCGGCGAGCGAUCUGAGUCCAGGAGACGUGAUCCUGGCCAUCAAUGGAGACAGCACUGAGACCAUGACACACAUGGAGGCACAGAACCGAAUUAAAGCCUGUAGAGAAGAGCUCACAAUGAACAUCAGCAGAUCUGGAAAGCUUUGGCCUCCAGCUGAUGUUGAAGAAAACAAGACGAGCUGCACAUCCACAGGAGCGCCGCUGGAGGCACAGACCUUUCGACCAAUCAGCAGUGGCGACAGCCCUGUUUCCAAGAGUCCUGUUACCUGUGGCACCUCCUCCAACAACACAAACUCCAGACCGGUGUACAACAAUCCGCUCGGCCUGUACGCUCACAACAAUGGCAACGGUGCUCUACCCAAACAGAUGGCCGGCCUCAGUCUGACCUCUGCACACAGCCCUGAAGGGUCACUGAACUCAUCGGGCAGCCGUAACGGUUUCAACCCACAGUCAGACGUCUAUAAGAUGCUUCAGGACCCUGAAGAACCCGUCUCAGCUCCCAAACAAUCGGGCUCUUUCAGAUUCCUGCAGGGCAUGCUAGAGGCGGAGGACGGAGAGCCGGACAGAUCUGGAGGAAGAGUUUUGUGUUCUCCAGUAAAAUCUCCUGUCACAGCUCCUCUUCCUCCUCUGCAGGGUCUACAGAAACUGCCUCAGUGUACCAGAUGUGCAAACGGCAUCGUGGGAACCAUCGUGAAGGCCAGAGAUAAACUCUAUCAUCCCGACUGUUUCACGUGUGAUGACUGUGGCCUCAAUCUGAAACAAAGAGGAUAUUUCUUCAUCGAUGAACAUCUGUAUUGUGAGACUCACGCUAAAGCUCGCGUGCAGCCACCUGAGGGCUAUGAUGUGGUGGCCGUCUAUCCAAACUCCAAAGUGGAACUGGUGUGAACACACACACACACACACAGAGGGAGAGAGAGAGAGAGCACCAGCGACUCAUACACUUCUGCACAUGAGAAUAUGGGAAAUAUGUUGUGAACGCUCAACUUCUCUUGGGAUCAUGAACUUGUGUCAUGUGUGAAUCUGCUGUGUUUUGAUUGUUUUUAUCACAUGACACUUUGUUCUAUGAGUCACGUGUUAUCACACUGAGUGAACUGAUGGUACAGUUACAUUUAUGACGGUUUCAAUGCAGAAUUUCAUAAAUGAGGCAGCUGAGGUUCUCAUGUGCGCUCACAUUCAUCUGAAACAUGACUAACUUUAGCACAUCGCCUCUGUGUUUCUUCUCUCGGCUUUUCUUUACUGACGACACUUCACUGGUUAUGCUCUUUGUAAAUUCUGUAUAAAAUGAUUGAUGUUGGGUUUCUACUUUCUUCUGAAUGAUGUACUGUAUGUUGGUUUUAAACUCCUAACACAUUCAAAUGUUUAUUUCUGUAUAAUUUAAAUGCUAAAAGAUCCUCAUUAAUGGAAGCUAUCAAUACAGGAGAUUUCUCUGAAGCAGCUCAGAAUCAAAAGAAGAAAAGGAAAUCAUAUCGUUCAUACACCACAAAGGAUGUUUCGAGAAGAUCACACACAGUGUGACAGCAUCCUCUCAAACAGACAUUGAUAUGGAACUGGAUGGCAUCGGUCCCCAUUCACUUCCAUUACAUUCUGUAUUUCACUAAAAUCACGAGAGUGCUCUUUCCAUUGUAUUUCUGGAGUGAACUGUCUCUUUAAGAACCUAAUGUGGGUCAUGCAUCUCAUUUUCAGCAUCAUUAACUUCUGUUUAACAAGACAAUAAAAUCCUCUUCACUAAA